CUUGCAAUUUACCCCUUCUUUCUGCUACUUCUUUCCUUGUUCCUCUUCUUCUGAAUCUCCCUUCUCCUCUCCUCCACUUCUCUUUCUGUUCUACAAUUAAGACCUUGAUCCCAAUUCCUUUCUCUGUAAACUCGCCGGAAAGAUCCAGAUCGGACACGACCGUUGCAUUAUCCCCACCGCCGCCAAAAGAUGAUCUCCAGCUUAGUCGCCAAUCUCAGCGCAAUCGCCGCCAAGUACCAACACAAGCGACUCCUGCAAACCCUAACCCAUCAACAACAGCAAAACCCUCCAGCUCCCCCGUCGAACGCAUUUGGGAUCACUUCCCGUCCGUCGUCGCAUUUGCCCGCCGGAAGCAACCCGUCUUUUGUCAACGGCGUAGCCACCAAGGAUCUCCACAUCGACCCACUGUCGUCACUCUCCAUCCGAAUCUUCCUUCCGGACACCGCCGUCUCCUCCGAGUCCGGGAUCUGCCCGCGGUACGGUGGGUACUUGCCUCCUCCCGGGAAGCAGUGGCUGCGGCUGAGGAAGCUCCCAGUGGUGUUGCAGUUUCAUGGCGGCGGAUUUGUGAGCGGGAGCAACGAGUCAGUGGAGAAUGAUCUGUUCUGCCGGCGGGUGGCUAAGGCUUGGGAUUCAUUGGUCAUCGCCGUGGGCUACAGAUUGGCGCCCGAGAGCAAGUACCCUGCCGCGUUUGAGGAUGGAGUGAAGGUUUUGAAUUGGUUGGUAAAGCAGUCCAAUUUGGGAGUUUAUGGCCGAUUAGGGAUUAAGAGUGGCAAUUACGAUAGUUUUGGCGUUUCCAUGGUUGAGCCUUGGUUAGCUGCUCAUGGCGAUCCUUCAAGGUGUGUGCUCCUUGGGGCAAGUUCAGGAGCAAAUGUAGCAAACUAUGUUGCCGAGAAGGCGGUGGGGGAAGGGAAUCUGCUGAAUCCUGUGAAGAUAGUGGCACAAGUUCUGAUGUACCCUUUUUUCAUGGGAACUACACCACCACAUUGUGAAGCUAACUACACAACCUCGUACUUUUACGACAAGUCGAUGUGUAAGAUGGCAUGGAAGCUGUUCCUUCCAGAGGUGGGAGAGUUCGACAACCUGGAUCAUCAUUCAGCUGCCAAUCCUCUGGUUCCUGGAAAACAUUCGCCUCUAAAGCACAUGCCACCAACAUUGACAAUUAUUGCAGAGCAUGAUUUGAUGAGGGAGAGGGCAAUUGCUUACUCGGAGGAGCUACGGAGGGUCAAUGUGGAUGCACCGUUGCUAGAGUAUAAGAACGUCAGUCAUGAAUUUGCCACCCUUGGCGUGCUUCUCAAAACGCCACAGGCACAAGCUUGCUUGGAGGAUAUCGGGAUAUGGGUCAAGAAGUACAUAUCGGUUCGUGGCAACGAGCUUUCUUAUUGA